AUGGCCUCCAGAGCAAUUCCCACCCACCUGCGAGCCCCGAACGAUGGCUCCAACGGUGAUGCGACCGCAGAGCGCAGGCACCAUGGAAAAUCCCAGUCUCACAUGUUCGGUCGCGGUGUGGUGGUUUCCUCCCCCGCACAGGCGUUCGAGAAUGCCUCCACCAGCGUCGCUGCCUCGCAGAUGCGCAAUGCGCUGAACAAGCUCGUGGAGACCGUCCCGGAUCCCAAUGACCGCAAGCGAUUUGAGGCUGAGAUGGACAACUUCUUUGCUCUCUUCCGCCGUUACCUCAAUGACCGCGCCAAGGGCAACGUCGUCAACUGGGACCGCAUCGCUCCCCCGAAUCCCGAACAGGUGGUCGACUACAAUGACCUGGACAACUCUGCUUCGGUCGAGUUCCUUAACAAGCUCGCUGUUCUGAAGCUGAACGGUGGUUUGGGUACCUCCAUGGGUUGUGUCGGUCCCAAGUCCGUCAUUGAAGUCCGCGAGGGCAUGUCUUUCCUGGACUUGUCCGUCCGCCAGAUCGAAUACCUCAACCGCACCUACAAUGUCAACGUGCCCUUCGUCCUGAUGAACUCGUUCAACACCGAUGCCGACACUCAGAACAUUAUCAAGAAGUACGAGGGCCACAACGUCGACAUCAUCACCUUCAACCAGUCCCGCUACCCCCGUGUCCUCAAGGACUCCUUGCUCCCCGCCCCCAAGAGCUUCAGCUCUCCCAUCUCGGACUGGUACCCGCCCGGCCACGGUGACGUCUUUGAGUCCCUGUACAACUCGGGCACCCUCGACAAGCUGCUCGACCGUGGUAUCGAGAUUAUUUUCCUGUCCAACGCGGACAACCUGGGUGCCGUGGUCGACCUGAAGAUCCUGCAGCACAUGGUGGAAUCCAAGGCGGAGUACAUCAUGGAGCUGACCGACAAGACCAAGGCCGACGUCAAGGGUGGUACCAUCAUUGACUACGACGGCAAGGUGCGCCUGCUGGAGAUCGCCCAGGUGCCCAAGGAGCACGUGAACGAGUUCAAGUCGAUCAAGAAGUUCAAGUACUUCAACACCAAUAACAUUUGGAUGAACCUGCGCGCGAUCAAGCGGGUCGUCGAGGAGAACGAGCUCGAGAUGGAGAUCAUCCCCAACGAGAAGUCGAUUCCGGCCGACAAGAAGGGCGAGGCCGACAUCUCCAUCAUCCAGCUGGAGACCGCGGUCGGCGCCGCCAUCCGUCACUUCCGCAACGCGCACGGUGUCAACGUGCCGCGUCGCCGCUUCUUGCCGGUCAAGACUUGCUCCGACCUCAUGCUGGUCAAGUCGGACCUCUACAGCCUGCAGCACGGCCAGCUGGUCAUGGACCCCAACCGUUUCGGUGGGGCGCCCAUCAUCAAGCUGGGUUCGGACUUCAAGAAGGUGUCGGACUUCCAGAAGCGCAUUCCCAGCAUCCCGCGCAUUGCGGAGCUCGACCACCUCACCAUUACGGGUGCGGUCAACCUGGGUCGCAACGUGACGCUCAAGGGCACUGUCAUCAUCGUGGCGUCCGAGGGCAGCACGAUCGACAUUCCGCCGGGAUCGGUGCUGGAGAACUGUGUCGUCCAGGGCAGUCUGAGAAUCUUGGAACACUAA